AUGGAUGAACUUCAACAACUUUACGAAGAGGCACUAUGCCCCACGGAUCCUUCAGUUGCGGACACCGCAGAAACGGUUUAUUUUUCAUCUUUAUCUUUGCUUAAGAUGUUGAAACAUGGACGAGCCGGUGUACCCAUGGAAGUUAUGGGAUUAAUGCUUGGAGAAUUCGUGGAUGAAUAUACUGUAAGCGUAAUUGACGUAUUUGCUAUGCCGCAAAGUGGUACAGGCGUAUCCGUAGAAGCGGUCGAUCAUGUUUACCAAACAAAAAUGUUGGAUUUGCUGAAGCAAACUGGACGGUCCGAAAUGGUAGUUGGGUGGUAUCACUCUCACCCUGGAUUUGGAUGUUGGUUGUCUGGUGUAGAUAUAGAAACACAAAGGAGUUUUCAGUCAUUAAAUAAAAGGGCUGUGGCUGUAGUGAUUGAUCCUAUACAGUCUGUCAAGGGUAACGUAGUUAUUGAUGCUUUUCGUCUGAUCAAUCAUCAUUUGUUUAUGCUUGGUCAGGAGCCACUUCAAAGCACAUCCGUUGUCGGAGGACAUAAUAAAAAACAAAAUAUUCAGGCUAAAUUUCAUGGUUUGAAUAAAUAUUAUUAUUCGAUUAUAAUUAAUUAUCGAAAGAAAGAAUUGGAACAAGCUAUGUUGCUCAAUCUGCACAAAAAAAAUUGGACCAAUGGAUUGACUCUCCCAGAUUUUAAGGAACACACCAAAAUCAAUGGAAAGAGUGUCAAUUCGAUGGUUACAUUGGCAGGAGCAUAUGAUAAAUCGGUACAAGAGGAAUCAACCAUGAAGCCUGAACAAUUGAAAAUACGACAUAUUGGAAAACAAGAUCCAAAGCGUCAUUUGGAGGAAAGUGUGAAAGAGGUCAUGUCCAAUAAUAUUGUAAUGACAUUAGGAACCAUAAUUAAUUCAACCAUUGAUAUUUUUAUCAAAUUUGAAACAGAUUCGGCUCAGUCAUUUAAAAAUACCGGAGUUGACUCUGCAGAGUCUACUCAGCCGUUGACGUUUACUCACACUCCAACGACCGGUAUCAAUAAGUCGCGAAGAAUAGCAUUUAGACAAGCUGGACCAAAAAAAAACACCGCAAUAACUUAUUUAAUUCACGAACUCAAAUAA